GGCCCGUUCCGUAAGUGAUUUUUGGUUCAGGGUUCAGAUUUAGAAAGCAAAUACAGAAAUCACCCACUUCCAUUUCCCAUAUUUAUUUAAGCUCAAUUCAGUUCCCCUGAUUUUUGAUCCUGUUGUUCUUUUAGUGCUUUCUCUUUCUUAGUUGAUGGUGUCACUGGUUUCUUCUUUGUGACACUUGAAAGGUUGAGCAAGGAGGAAGCUUUAUUUUGAAGCUCCUUCCUUUUUCUGAAGCAAUGGGUUUCAGCAGGCCUCAGAAGGCUGUCAAUGGAGUGUCCACCAGAUGGGUUUCUUUGUUCUGCAUUGCCAGCUUCUUCUUGGGUGUUCUUGUUAUCAACAGGUUUUGGGAUGCUUCUGAUCCAGUCAAAUCGGAUGAUGCUUCACCAGUACAGAAACUUCAAAUAAAUGAAUAUCAUCCAGUAGUUAAUUGUAAUAAGAAGGAUGCUUCACUUCAGUCAGGUGACAUUCUUUCUCAAGUUUCGCAAACUCAUGAUGUAAUUAUGACGUUAGACAGAACUAUCUCUUCAUUGGAGAUGCAGUUGGCUGCAGCUAGAGCUGCCAAGGCAGAUGGUAAUGAAGGAUCUCCAAUGGUAACAAAGUCAGAAACUGAGCAGGUAAAGGAACGCCAGAAGGUUUUCUUUGUAAUGGGAAUAAUUACUGCAUUCAGUAGCAGAAAACGGAGAGACUCAAUCAGGGACACUUGGAUGCCUAAAGGGGAUGAGUUGAAGAAGUUGGAGAAAGAGAAGGGAAUUAUAAUGCGAUUUGUUAUUGGACACAGUGCAACCCCAGGUGGUGUACUGGAUCGUGCUAUUGAUGCUGAAGAAGAACAACACAGGGAUUUUCUGCGCCUGAAUCACAUAGAAGGAUACCAUGAAUUGUCAUCAAAGACCCAAAUAUACUUUUCUACUGCUGUUGCCAAGUGGGAUGCUGAUUUUUAUAUUAAAGUUGAUGAUGAUGUACAUGUAAAUCUUGGUAUGAUUGGUUCCACUUUGGCCCGCCAUAGAUCAAAGCCUCGUGUUUACAUUGGUUGCAUGAAGUCUGGACCCGUUCUGGCCCAGAAAGGGGUCAAGUACCAUGAGCCUGAAUAUUGGAAAUUUGGUGAGGAAGGAAACAAAUAUUUUAGGCAUGCAACAGGACAAAUUUAUGCAAUCUCAAAAGAUUUGGCCACCUAUAUUUCAGUUAAUCGCCACAUACUUCAUAGAUAUGCAAAUGAAGAUGUCUCGCUUGGUUCUUGGUUCAUUGGACUAGAUGUUGAGCAUAUUGAUGAUAGAAGCCUCUGCUGUGGGACUCCCCCUGAUUGCGAGUGGAAAGCUCAGGCAGGGAAUCCUUGUGCUGCAUCAUUUGAUUGGAGCUGCAGCGGCAUAUGCAAGUCUGUGGAGAGAAUGGAGGAGGUGCACCAGCGCUGCGGGGAGGGCGAGGAAGCAAUCUGGCACACUAGUUUCUGAAGGCUUCACUUCUUAUAUGCCUGUAAUAUAAGUGUGAAUGUUUAAUCGAUGCCACAGUUCAAACAAAACCUUCUGCCCCGAUUUUUGCCCCUAUCAGUGCCUCGGGACAGUUGGACGGUUGGGUCUCGACUCUUUUUUAGAUUCAAUUAAAUUGCUGCACAUAUU